GUUAACAUUCCAAUAUGGCGAACUUGGAACAAGGUGAAUACAACUCGCUUUUGUACGGCGAAAUGACCUAUUUAGAGUCACGUCACCUGUAUUUUCAACACAUUACGAACUCUCCUUUAUUUCAGCGCCAGUCUUCGCAGAGCCAAAACGAGAAAUUUUGAAUCGUAAUGAUGUCGUAAAGUGGGAAAAGUCACAGGUGAGGAAAAGAUCUUUCGCUUCGCAAGCCCCGUUUGCUCAACAGCUGUUCGUACCUACUGAUUUCCCGCUACCAAAAUGCAUGAUACGCUAACAGGAAGGCUUCUCGAUAUGCACAGGCCUUUGUUAGAAAUUGUCAUGGGAGUGACAAACGAGUGGAGCGUUGCUACCUUUUUUCGGUUCCUCCUACACUUUGCCCGCACGUGGCUACUUUAUGUGUCUUAGCCUCAAGGUGCUCGUCAUAAAGCUGAUUUUUAUCCAAUCUGUUCUUCAUAUUUUUGGAUUUCAAAUUAUGCUUAUGUUUGUGCAAACAGGCAUACAGUGAUUACCUUGGAUUUAUCCUCACUUUGAAUGACGCUGUUAAAGGGAAAAAAAUGUCGGUCGACUGUUCAACAUCAGAGGUAAAAUACUAAAAUACUAAAAUAAUCCUAAUUGCAAGUACCAUUUAUCGCUAAGCAGCCAAAGAGACAAAAUCCAGUGUCAAGAGUUAAAUUUCCAACUAUUUUUUGGUAUACUGGAAAAAUAAACUAAUUUUUUAUUAUCUGUAUGGUAUAUAGUUUAACAAUCAUUCACCUCAGUAUCGUUGAAAGUGGUUGCUAAAACCUUCUUUCAAAUACUAUUAGCUGAAGCUUACUUUUUGCACUCAAUUUAGGCAUAUUUUGUUAGAGAGCAGUAACCAAGAUGACACAGUUUGGUGGAUUAAAAAAUGAUUAUAAGACAGUUACUAUAAUUUUGUUUAUAUUCAAAGUAUUGAUUAAAAGAGAUUUCUCUGGAAUCUUAGCUUUAUUCAUUUGAUUAAAGGCUUUAACGAAACUGAUCACUAUGCUUGAAACCAUGGACACUUGGAUUGAUGAAACCCCACCUAUUGACCAGCCACAACGAUUUGGAAACAAAGCCUUCAGAACAUGGUGCAGUAGACUUGAAGAGGUAAGAGUAAAUUAACUUUUACAUAUUUCUGUCCAAGAACCAUCUAAAGAUCAGUUUUGAGGUUCCCAGGGAAAGUCAAGACUCUCUAAGUUAUAUUUGUGUUUCUCUUAUGUACUUGAAGGGUGGUAAAGGUUUAUAUGCAAUGCCUGAUUAAAGCCAAAAUUGCUAAGUGACACAUGAAUUUUGCAGAAAAGCAAGCAAGAUGUGUGAAUUUGUGAGCCAGUGUGAAGUGUGAUUUGCAGCCUAAAUUAUACCUGACCUGAGUAUGUUUCCUUUUUUUUUAAAAACCACAAGAUUUCCUUGAUACUGUGUAUGCAAAAGGAGAGAUUUGAAGCUUUCCCUUUUAUCCAAGUGUCAGGUGUAUUUUUUUAAACUUAGUGUGUGAAACAGGAUCAAGACCUCCACCCUGCCACCCUACAUUUGCAUAUCAUAAAAUAUUUAACAAUUUACUGAUCCACUGAAUGUCUGUUCCUGGAAAUGGUUUGAAUUUUUUUUGUUGACUGAGAUCCUGAGUAAUAAGAUGAUUGAUUUAUUGAUUGAGUGCUUGCUUGAUUAAGUGAUUGAUUGCUUGUAUGACCAAUUACUUGCUUGAUUGAUUAAUUGAUAGAUUGAUUAGUCAAUUGGCUGAUUGAAUGAUUGAUUGAUUAAUUGUUAGAUUGAAUGAUUAACUGAUCGAUUGAUCAGUUGAUUGUCUGAUAGAUUGACUGAUUAAAUAAUUGAUAAGUCGAUUAGUUGAUUAAUUGAUUUGUUGAUUGGUUAAUUGAAAAAUCAAUCAAUAGAUUGAUUGAUUUAUCGAUUGAAUGAUUUUGAACAGAAUGCUGAUAUAAUGAUCCAAGGACUUCUUCCAGAAAAAUUUACAGGGGCCAGCAUAGAACUUGCCGCAUAUCUCAAAGGUUUGCUUUUGAAAAUUUGGUUUGCCUUUAUAAUUCUCCCUUACCAUUGAUCUACACCCUAUACUGAGGGAAGUUUGUUCUCUAGGUUUAUUCAUCCAAAUGCUAUAUAGUAUUGCAUAAAGGCUGUCUUGGUUGUAUAGGGGGUAUCAAGUUUACCAGUCUGUGACUGUGAUGUGUUUUUUACCCUUAUUAACCCCUAGAUCCCUCAGAGGGACUAGCUUCUAAUUUCUCCCUACAAUAUCACCUAUGGAUCACAUGUCAAAGUAACGAGAAUAUAGGAAAUGAUCACCAACUAAUUGAUUGAUUAUUCUUGAUUGUUAAACAAAUUCUCCUUGUCAGCACCUUAAAAAAUGUACAAAGUGUAGAAAACAGCAUGGAGAAAAUGAAUACUGACGUUGGGGGUGUAAAGGGUUGAAUAAGCCUAAUCCAUAUUUACUCUUACAUUAUUAAAUGAAUAAUGUGGGUAAUUUCACUGUGUUAUCAUUACAAAGGGAAAGUGUUUUGCCCAACUUUUUUUUCUUGCUUUAAAUGGUAUACAUGGAAGAACCACAGUAUUGAGGUGAAUCUCUGUUGAUAUUCUGCAUUACUUUGUAGAUGGUUUUGGAAAUAAAACAAGAAUAGACUAUGGAACAGGUGUGUAUAUGUUAUUAGUUGGUGUGGAUUUGUCUGAUGAAAAUUGAGGAAAAUUAGAAGCUUAAAAAUUGAUAUUAAUCUUUUCCCACAGGUCAUGAGGCUUGUUUUAUUGCAUUUCUAUGCUGUCUGUUCAAACUCAGAGUGCUGGAUCAAAGUGACUGUGCUUCAAUAGUGUUCAGGGUGUUUCAAAGGUAACUUUAUACUUUGUCAAGUGACAAAUGGACAUACAGUAUUUGAAAGGUGGGCGGAUUCUUUGAAAAUGGUAGUUUGGUGAAAAGGUCAUGGUUAUUCAUUGUAGUGAAUACACUAUUAGUAUUACCCAAAGAUGUGUCUUGAUGUAGUCACUUUUGAUGUUGAUUUUACUGAUUUGUGUGUGAACUGUUAGUAUAUAGGCAGUUAGGUUGAAUGGACACUUAUAACCUUGUGAAAUAUUGUACUUUACUGUGACUGGCUGAUAUUCAGUAACUGUGAUACAUGUAGAUUCCUUUUGAAGACAUCUUAGCUAUUCUAUGCCUUACUGGUUGUUGUGCUUCUUGAUCUUAGAUAUCCAUGGAUUUCUGUUUUGUUGUGUAGACAAGAAGACAAGACACUUUAAAGAAUUCCAUAUUUUUUAAUCUACACUGCAAAGGAAAACUUUUGAAGGAAACAUUGUUAGAAUUAAUUUAGCUUAAUAAUGAUUCUCUUCUCACCUUCCAGGUAUUUAGAACUGAUGAGAAGGCUUCAGUCAACAUACAGAAUGGAACCAGCAGGCAGCCAAGGUGUCUGGGGACUAGAUGAUUUCCAGUUUGUUCCAUUUAUUUGGGGGAGCUCUCAGUUGAUUGGUUUGUAUCAUUGAUAUAUUAUAUUUGAGGAUCUUUCUUUUUUUUCUGUGGUUCAAAUCACAUUUUCCUUUAUAUUUAUCUAUGAUUAUUAUAUUUUUUAUUUUGUAAAAUAAAAAAUUGAAAAAACAGGACCACAAAUAAAUAUAUGCUAUUUACUGGGCAGGAGGUUUGUUUAGGAAACAACUGUACUCAAGACCAAGUGCACAUUUUUUCCAUGUAUACCAACUUAGAUCAGUAAAGAAGCUCUUAUUUUUGAAUUGUUUAUAUUUGAAAAUCUGGACAUUGUGCAAUAAGAUAAACACAUGAAAACAUUUCCUUCACUUGUGUGUUCACAUUGGAAACAUAUGAUAUCCGCUACAUGUACAGGAUACAUGACAGGAAGUUUAACCUCUAGAACAUCUAAUCCUUGAAAUCUCCAUUACAGAACAUGCCACUGGACUAUUCAAUUAGGCAUUUUUUCGGAGUUCUGCCUUAUUUAUUAAAAUUCUCCAUCAAAACAGCAAAUUGUUACAAGGAAUUAAGGAAAUCAAGGCAUUCACUGAUUUAGCCAGACAGUUCAGUUAAUAGUGGAAUUCUUUACUUGUCUUUGAAUAGAAUGGCCUGAGAAGCCAGUAAAGGAUUUGUAAGAUAGGUUCAUAUACAUUUAUGUAGUUCCUCCUUACAAAAGACAUUGGGCAAUAAAAUAAGCUAUCAUGGUUGUGGAGUGCUGCUGAUAUUUCUGAAACAAUUUUUCCUGUAGAUCAUCCAAGUUUAGAACCAAAGGACUUUGUUAAAUCUUCUGUUGUGGAAAGUGAUCACCUUGAUUACAUGUUCUUUGGCUGCAUCAAGUUUAUAAAUGAGGUGAGAAAGUCUCUAUUAUCAUUUCUGUUACAGGUUUCAUACCAGUAUGUCAGUUUUAACUCUGGUUAUCAGUCUUGUUCAAGUAGUGAACCAUUCUGUUUUUUUGUUGAAUUUCCUUUGCAUUCUUUACAAUGGAGUUUGGAUUUGAAAUAGUAAGGUCAUGUAUAUUGGGCCAUACUGGAGCUUAGAUAAAAUUUGCUAAAAUAAACAAGAACAGAAUGAAAAACAACAGUUUUUACAAGAUAUAUUAAAUGAAAGACAAGCUUUUAUGUACUACGUGUAUUUCAUGCACCAUCUCCUAAAUCUAUACAGUUUUUUCUUAUUUUCUCCAUCACUUCCCAUCAAUUAUUGAAAUCACACGUGACUAGGCAAAUUAAAUCUCACCAAACUUACUUUACUUUAAAUGUCAACCUCAAGCCUGCUUUUUUUCCUGGCAUGUAAAAUCUAAUGUAGCCCCCAGAGUAAGACCAUACUGGAAAGCGGUUUGAAAAUGUCCAUUUGUUUUCCUUUUCCUUUUGUUUCUUUCUCAACAAACCAGAUGAAAAGUGGACCUUUUGCAGAACAUUCUAAUGUUUUAUGGGGUAUCAGCUCUGUUAAAAUAUGGGACAAAGUAAAUUCUGGCCUGAUAAAAAUGUACAAAGCUGAGGUAUGUGGACUGUCAUUUAACUAUCUCUUCCUAAUUACACUCUUUUGUGUCAAGGAGAGAGCACCCCAGGUAACUAAGAGUUGAAAACUGAUUCCUGGAAGGGUAUUAGCUGCAAUAUCCUAAGGUUGUUCUUUGUUAUGGCUCUGUGAGCCUUUUGUGUUCUUCAUCUCUUGUUUUUUUCAUUAGCAAUAAUAAAUAAGAAAUAACUGUUGGUUGCAAGAUUCAAAGUUCAAACUUGUUGAACAAUGAUGAAAAUUAUAAUGUUGAAUUUCAAAAGUGAAACAAUUAUAAUUAUUAUUAUUAUUAUUAUUUAUGAGAUUUCUUUUUUUUAAUUUGGCCUCAUUAUAUUUUGACAGGUCCUAUCAAAGUUUCCUGUUAUCCAACACUUUGUGUUUGGGACGUUAUUAUCUUUAGAAGAAGCAGAAGUAUUUAAGAAACCUUUGUAAAAAAAAUUGUAAAUAUUUAUAGAGCAAUAAUUUUGACAUUAUUAUUGUUUUAUUUAUCAUGUUUAUAUGGAGCUGAUAACAAUGUAGGUAAAAUUUAAGGUGAUCUUUAGAAGACGUCACUAUCUUUAAAAAAAUUCCAUAAUCAUGCAAAGGCGUUGGUGUGAAAAAAUCAGUAAUAUUUGUUCGUGUGUGGAACUUUACUGUAACCUGUAUGUAUCUCAGUCCCUUUCAAUUGCACGUUAUGUAUCUUCAUAUUCAGGCAAUUGCUAAGUCAUUGACAGCUCUCUCCAUGACUUCAUUUAACUGCCUACAAAGAUAAGUGGUACGAUAGAGUUUCUGUUGCUGUCAGCACAUCAUUCCGCAGAAACAGUCAGAGACAACAAUUCGAAACAAUGCACGACUCACUGCAGUUCAUGCAUGCGUUACCCACUCUCACGACGAGAGAAAAUAGUACAAACUAGAUAGUCUCUUUAAUAGCGUUUCUGUUUGUGGUUAAGCACGGGAAGUUUUGAUAGACGGAUGCAAGAACAGCACGAAGGUUGGCGAUAAGGAAGCUUGCGCCUUACGGGUCGACAUACUUUUAUUUAUUCCGAAAAUUCAGUUCCCAGACGACCAGCCAUGCUGAUUUCAAACACUUACUUACAAUUUGUUCAGUUUACGCAUCGACACUGACAGUUUGUAUCUACGGCCUUAAAGUGUUAAGUUUGGGGCUGUUAAGUUUGGAAAAAGGAAAGUAAAACUUUAAAAAGCGUUUCAUGUGCUUGUUUUAAAUAUUAAAGAAUGAUUCACAUCCUCUCUUUGUACUAAGGCCUCACAGUGAAUCCAUGGUGGAGCUUUGAGCUUGAGCACACGCAAAUCCCUAAAUUAUGGUUGCCUGCGACACUAAUGUAUGCAGUUGAUCUACAUGUUGCG